GAGAUGCCGGAAGCAGCAGUUAAAUCCUCCUCCAAUAAAUACCAAGUCUUCUUCUUCGGGACCCACGAAACAGCAUUCCUGGGGCCCAAAGACCUCUUCCCUUAUGAAGAAUGCAAGGAGAAGUUCGGGAAACCCAACAAACGGAAAGGAUUCAGCGAAGGUUUGUGGGAGAUCGAGAACAACCCCACAGUCAAAGCCUCCGGCUACCAGCCCACCCAGAAGAAGACCUGCACCGAGGAUGCCGAGCCGGAGCGGGAACCGGAGGGCGACGGGGAGAAGAAGGGCAACGCAGAGGGCAGCAGCGACGAGGAGGGAAAGCUGGUGAUCGACGAGCAAUCCAAGGAGAAGAACGAGAAAGCCGGGAUCAAGAGGAAAGCAGAAGAUGCUUUGGAGGAUUCCCCCAAACGCACCAAGGAGGUGGAGGGGCAGGAAAGGGAGAAGAUAGAUAAUGAAGAGACCCCCAAGGAGGAGCCGAAACCCAACCCGACUGAAGGAGAGAAGAACAGCGACGCCUCCGGCAUGCCGGACGCCAACGAAGCCAAGCAGGAGAACAAGGAGAAAACGGGCGCGGAGGAGGUCAGAGAUCACAAGGAGAG